CUUUGGGGGAUCCCAAAUGUCGAAAAUCAUCCACCAAUAACUGAUUUCCGCUGCGAAAUUGGUUUUAUAAUUUGAUAUUAUAAAUGUAAGCAACAGAUUCCUAUUUUACUUUUAAAUAUAUUUUCCUUUUAAACAUUAAAAAAUAUAUGUAUCGUGAAGAAUCCCUUUUUUUUUUACAAUAAUUUCAUUUUUAUUUUUCCAGUGUGUCUUGGAGAGGGUAUGGCAGUGGCCAUUUAACGCAUUCACUUUGGACACCGCUACUGGUGGACGAUCGUUACCGGUUCUAUGUGUUCACUUAUUUCACUGGUACGGGCUCAUGGACCACUUCAGUUUAGACGUCGUAAGGAUCUGGAAAUUUUUUAUUACAAAAUUUAUUUUGAACCGUGCGCAGCUCUAGUCGAAGAAGGAUAUCACAGUACCAACCCCUACCAUAACGCCAUCCACGCGACGGAUGUCACCCAGGCGAUGCACUGCUUCCUUCAAGAGCAAAAGAUUCGAGAGCACCUGACUCCAGCGGAGGUGAUGUGCGCACUCAUCGCCGCUGUGACGCACGACUUGGACCACCCUGGGGUGAACCAGCCCUUCCUUAUCGCAACCUCCAACCACCUAGCUGCCCUCUACCAGAAUACAUCAGUACUUGAAAACCACCACUGGAGGUCAGCUAUCGGCUGCCUUCUAGAGAGCCACCUCGCUGAGCAGGUGUCAGCGCUGAGACCUGACCUUGAGAAGCAGAUCAGCUCCCUUAUUCUGGCUACAGAUAUAACUCGUCAGCAAGAAUUUUUGACUCGCUUCAAGAAAUAUUUAGAUGAUGGUAACCUUAAUAUGGAAGACAAAGAAGACAGGCAUUUUAUACUUCAAAUCGCUUUGAAGUGUGCUGACAUCUCGAAUCCUUGCCGACCGUGGGAAGUCAGUAAAAAGUGGUCGCAGAAAGUUUGUGAAGAAUUUUUCAGGCAAGGAGAUUACGAGCGACAGUUAAAUUUGCCUGUGACUCCUAUAUGUGAUCGUCAGUCAAUUUCUGUACCUAAGAUACAAGCAGGUUUCUUCAAAUUUGUUGUGGCACCUCUGUUCGAGGAAUGGCACAGGUUCUUAGACACAUCAUUGUCCAAGAGUAUGAUGAAAUACUUACGAGAAAAUCAGGCAAGAUGGGAAGCUGAAGUUGUAGAAGAAACAAAGACUGACAUAUCUGAAGAAACUGAAGAACUGCCUGAAGUAAUUGAAGAGAAACUGCCAAAAAGAAGACAUUCUGUACCUCUCAGCCAAAGGUUUGGAGCACCAGGAACUAGUCACAGGCGGGAAAGCCUUCCAGAGCAGAGGAGAAGGCUAACAUUAGGUCCAAUCCUUCAGUUUCAAGAGGAUGAAGAAAUAUCAAUACUGUCUUCUCCAAGUCUCCGCUCAUCAGAUAGCAAUUCUGAUGAGAAGCCUGUUUCAGCAGAAAACCUACUCCCUGAUGUUUCAAUAGCAUCUAUCACGAGCAGUGGAAAUGUGCAGAGGUUAAUGUUGGCCCCUCCACGCCUAACGCGUCAACAAACUUUUCCACCUGUACAACCUUAUGUUAGGGCUCGCUAUAUGUCAACCACUGCAGAGAUACUUCAGGGUAGCAUCUCUUCAUCCUCGGGAUCAUCAACAGACAUUGAACCUAAGCCACUUAUAAGGGAAAAAGAGAACGUUGAUCCUGAUUCUGUCUUUAAAACUCAAAAAACAAUUAUUAAGCCUCAGUUUCCUCAGUUGGUGUGCAAGCAACGCCGUGGAUCUGCCCCAGUGAGCCUGACACCAAGCGAAGCGCUACCAGCCCGAAGUGCUCGACGUGGUUCAGUUCCAGCUGAUCCAACCAGCAUCCACAGGCAAAGUGUUCUGAAACCUUUGGUCGGGAAAGAAAAUUCCGGAAGGCUCUCAAGUGACAGGCCCACUCCAACACCUUUAGUCCAAGGGCCAGAUGAGGAGAGGAGACGACGGCGAUCUAAGAAGAUAUUGCGACGUAGGAGUUCAGGAGGCCCGGAAACUUUCAGGUCAAUCAAGGAACAAUCAGGGCGACGUAGGGGCUCUCUUCCUAUAGAAGUACUAUCUUCAUCGUUAUCUGGUAGGAACAGCUCAACAAAAGAGAACAUGAGGCAUUAAGGACCUAGUAGAAGGUGUUUUGUGAAUCAAUUAAUCAGCACCUCACAAACUUUAUGUGAGAGACUGCAAAAUUGUGAUAAAUUUAUUCGCAGCAAAAAGCACAAACUGAAAGAAAUCAUUCCUCGUGUUUCAUUUUUGGUUUUCGAUUUAUUUUUUAUUAAGUGAACUAUUCUUUAUAUGCCAUAUGAAUAUCUUGUAUUAUUAUUCCUGUCUGUGGUAAUAAGUGUAAAUGAUAAAAAGUAAAAAAAACAACAAAAAAUAUAAACUAUAAAGGCUCAGCCAAGUGUUAAGACAUAUAUUGUGACUAUAUAUUUAUUAUUGUUCUUAGAUAUUUCAUAUUAUAAGGAUUAGUUAUGAUAUGAAGUCAUUGUGUUCAAAAUUAAAAAUACUAUUUAUACUUAAUGUUUAAGGAAUAAUUAUGGAGAUCUGAUCAUAAAGCAGUAAAACCUUCCUAUAAGGUUUCCUAUUAAAGAGGCACAAAGGGAGUUUAAUCACUUAAUUAUGAUUUUCUAACAAGAUGGUUGUUGUGCCUAAACAAUGAAUUAAUAUUACUCCAUUGGAGUAUCAAAUGUUAAAGUGUUAGUUACUGUGAAUAUUUUUUAUAUAUCGUGAUAAUGUAUUUCUUCCGUUCAAUUUAUUUAAUUUUUAAGAUUUUUUUUUUAAUUAAUGAUUUGUAUAUUCGAGGAAUUAAAUUUAAAUUUAUGAAAUUUCUAUGGCAAUAAUGUUUCGGCAGUGCAAUUCCAGUUCUUUGUUAGAGAUAGGCUACAGCUGUAUCUAGUCAGUACAAAGGAAGGCUGGGCCGAAGAUGAUAAACUCCUUAUCACCAUCUUGUUACCCCAUUGAAAAUGUGUUCAACCAGCCCUGGACUUUGGGGCACGACUGUGAGGAGGGCUCAUGGUUAACAAGAAGCUCAUGAGAUAAAGAGCUCUUCUAAUUUAGCUUUCUCUCAAAAGAUGUUGUAAAUAUGUCUUUUAUAUAUGUAAUUGUGUCUAUUAAAUCUACUUCUUAGUAAUAUAUAUAUAUAUAUAUAUAUAUAUAUAUAUAUAUAUAUAUAAAGUUGAGGUGCAAGCAUGCGUUCAUACCAGAUUACGCGUUUUCUUAUUUCAUCUUUCUAUAUAGAAAAAAAAGAUAAUAAACAAAAUAUAAAAAUAUAUGUAUGACCUAGUAUGACGUAGUAUAAUCUUUUCUUUUAUUUUAUUUUUUAUGGGACAUAUUUCAUUUUGAGGUACAAAAUAUUUAUUUAUAUGUAUAAAUGUUGAUAAACUCAACCUUUUUUUAUAAGACUGAGUGACAUUAUCAUUGUCAACAGGGUCGAGUCGAUAAGUAUUCAGCACAAUAUCAAGAAGUAAUAUUCUUUCAGAUUUUUUUUUUUUUUUUUUAGUUAAACUUAAUUUUAAAUUAAAUACUCGAAUUAUAAUUAUUAUGGUUUUUAUUAAUUAGGAUUACACACUCUUAGAAAUGUUUAUUUAUAUAAUUUUUUUUUAGUUGUACUUACUUUUAUAAAUAUUUACAAGAAAUCUAUAUGGGUAAAGGAAAAAAAAAAAAAAAAAACUAGAAAGUAUAAAAACACUAUUGUAGCCUCAUAAGUUGAAUCAAUUAUUUCCUUUGCUGGUAAUAUUCCAGAAUAUUGGUUCCUGUUGCAGUACACAUGAAGUAUAGCUUACCAGCAAUUGGUAUAAAUUUAUUUUGAUAAUAUUAUGAGCCUUCCGUCAUUGAUAAAUAAUUUUUUAAUUGUAACCCCACCAUUACGAUUAAGGAUUGUUAGAAUUGAAAGUAAAAUAAAAUCAGUUGUCUUCAUAUAAAAAGAGCCUAGAAGAUAUAUUCUUGUCUCUUCAGAAAACAGAUACAGACAGUUAGGAUUUAAAUUAAACUAAUAAGGCGCAAAUAAUGUUUGAAACCUUCAGAUAAGAUUGUCUUAAAAUGUAAAUAAUCCUCUUAGAGGGUCCUUGUAAAUUGAGAUUGACGGAUUAAAUAAUAAUUAACUCCCCAGCACUACAGGCCAGCAUGACCCUUUGGUGUCCUGAUUUUCUCUUCUCCACUUUUCUCUGUCCUUGCUUCUCUCUUCCAAUUUCUGACUCCUAGCUUCAUUACACCUCUCUCCACUACAUGGUUCCAGCUGCUUCUUGACCUUCCUCUUUUAUUCUUCCCAUAGAAGUACGCUUCUAAUAUUUUCUUCUGCACCUGUCCAUUAUCAGUUCUUACAACAUGUCUUGCCCAUAUCAGCCUACUUGCUUUAAUAUAGUUAAUAAUGUUAUGAUUCUCUAAUAUAGCCUCGAUUUCAUUGUUGCUCUUAAUUUUCCACUCACUAUUAACUCUUUUAGCACGGUAAAUCUGUAUAUAUAUUUUACUUUCAAAUACUUCAAGUUUACGUCAAUCCUCUAGCGACAAACACCAGGUUUCCGCUCCAUAGGUGACUGCUAAUCUAAUAAGAGUUUUAUAUAGCUUUAAUUUUGUAGCUUUUGACAACAAUUGAUACUUGAGAAGUUUAAGAUUUGCAUAGUAGGCUCCAUUUCCAGCCAUUAUUCUGUCACUGAUUUUUUUUAUGAUGAAAUUUUCUUUAUUCAGGGCAGAACCGAGAAACACAAAUGUGGGUACAUUUUCAAACCUAAAAUUCCUUAUCUUGAUGUAGCUGUAUACUUUUACUUGCUGUCAAGUAAAGGUUUAAGUAUUUAGUUUUGUUUUCAUUGACUACAAGCCCUACCUUUUUGCCAUUUUUGUAUAUUAUUUCAAAUGCCCCUUUAAGUGCCUUUUCAGUUGUGGCAGCAAUCAUUAGGUCAUCAGCAUAGACACAAAUUUGCCAUGUCUUAUCAACUAUAGUGCCUUUUUUAGCUGCAUCAUUCACAGCAGAAUGCAAACCUAUGUUGAAUAGCAUUGCUGAUAAGACAUAUUCUUGACGCAUUCCAGAUUGUACCUUAAACAACCGACCAACUUUAUUUCCAGGAACAACUUUCUAUGGUCAUGCAUAUUAAAUGAAUUAAUGUAUGCGAUACUCCAUUUUUUUAUUAAAAUUUUUAACUUAGCUGAUCUCUUCAUGCUAUCGAAUGCCUGCUUAUAGUCAACAAAUAAUAAGUGCAGAUCAAUAUCAUAUUUAUAGUACUUUUCCAUCAUUUGUCUAAUAACAAAAAUCUAUACUACCUCUGCCAGCUCUAAAACCAUAUUAGUAAUCUAUUAAAAUUUCUUCAGAAAAUUUCACAGCCUUUUUAAUAUUAUGCAGGACUCCUAAUAGGGUUAUUCCUCUAUAAUUUGCGCACUGAUCCUUGAUUAAAUACUGCUUUAUUUUAUUUUCAACAAAAACAAUUCCAAAUGAAUAAAAGUGAAACAAAAAAUAAAGAAAAGAAAGCAAGAAUAAAAUAUAGAAAACGGAAAUAUCUUGAAAUUGAUACAGGUAUUUGAUUUAACACUAGAAUGGUAAACCUCAAUGUCAGUAAUUUAUUGAUAAAUCUUCAUCGUUUCGACUACUAGAGUUAAAAUAUCUUUUUAGAGAGUAUUAAAAGAAACAAUAUGAAAUAAUGAUGAUUGUAUUAUGUUGAUAAUGUAAUAAUGAUCAUAUAAAGUUUAUUAUAUUAUCAUAUAAUAAUAAUCUUUAUAUAUUUUAGUACAGAAAUUGUAAAACAUAAAUCAAUGCAGUUUUCAAUAAUCAAUUUCAUAGUUAAAAUUUCAAAACUUAUUAGUUUGAAUUUGUAUGAUUUUUACUUCAUUAGUUUAUGAAGUAAUAUGGAAAAUGUCGAAUAAUAUUAAAAUGACACAAAUUUAUAUUUUUUAAUCAUUUAUUUUUAGCAUUGAAAAAAUUAAUUAUAUGAUAAGAAGUUUGGCUUAAUUGUAUGAUUUUAGUGUUUUGAAUUCCACUAAUUAAAAUUUAUUUCAAUAAGUUAUAGAUCGAGAUAGAUUACAGAUCGGCUCUCUUCAAAAAUGAUACUAUAAAAAUUGUUGCAGAUUAAUAAAAUAAGCCAAAUUUUAUUUAAAAUAUAAAUACAAUUUGUGAAUAAUGAAUGAAUAGUUAUGGAAAAAUAAAUCAAUAAUAUCAUACUAAUAUUAGAUAUCUUGGAUUAAAAUCCCUCAUAUAGAAGCCUUGUUAAUAAACCUUAGUCAAAAUUAUUAAAAUAUUUUACUUGUAAUAAUAAAUCUUCGCCAAAUUGAAAGAGUUUAUUUUGUUUAGACAUACUACAUUAGAAAUAGAAAAUCGUGAUUCUUCAUUUUGUGUGGUUCAAGGAAUACUGAGUUCCCGGAGGUUGGCUUUGUCAAUUUAAUAAAGAUUUACCAUUCUAAGUUUAAUAAAAGCAAGGAAUGAUAUAAAGAAAACUCAUUUUAUUCUUUGAAAUCCAUAUCAAGAUAUCUGUAGUAACAGUCCAAAAUUGUUAUUGAGAAUUCGCUUUUUUAUAUUAAUAUUGUUAUCAAGUUGUGUGCUGUAAAACAGAAGCCAAUAUUAAAAAAAAAUUAAAUUAUUAAUUUUCCAGAGGAUAUAAAAUCUAUACUUUUUUCUUUGUUGUUCUCAGUAUUACCCAAUGUAUUAUUUAUAGAUUAUUUUAAAAUUGAAUGAGAUUCUAAAUUGUUACACUCUUAUAUUAAGUUCUGAUGAGAACUAAUGAAACUUAAAAUUGUGAAGUGUAUUUUAUUCUUUAAUGACUAUUACAUAUUUUGAAGCAACAGUGAACUAAUUUUUUUCAUAAUAUAGGGACCAUGUGAUAUUGAAUGCACAUGAAGUUUUAAAACAUCAUAGUUUUAUUACUAUUUGAUUGGUGAAGAAAUUGAUACACUUUAUUGCAUAUCAUCAUCAAUAUUGAAAGGAUUAGUAAUUAUAUUGUUGCAUUUUGUUUUUCUGAUUUCUGGGUUUCUCUUUGAAAGGAUGGAAUUGAAUAACUGCAGUCCCUUUAAUACUUACCUUUAAAUAUACAGUUAAACCUCGAUUAAUUGGACUUAAAAAACAGAGUGAAGUUAGUAACAAUGAAAAAAAAAGUUAUAAAAAAUAAACCUAAUUAGUAACUAAAUUUAAACUUACAAGAUAAUAACUAAUUACUAUAAGCUGAGCAGUAAGUCACGAAUGGUUGUAAUCAACAUAAUGAAAUUAGGGAAGGAACAAUUAUGUUAUUCAGAAUUGAGAAAAUAAAAGAAAAAACCUUUAUGAAUUUCAGACAACUCAUCUGUGGUUAUCAACCAGUACAGUACUUAGCAAAAACUACAGAAUUAAAAGGUUACUAAACAAGUUGACAAGCCCUACAAAUAAAAGUAUUGAUGCUUUGAUUUUCAUCAAUUUGAUUUAUUUGAUUUGAUCAAAUAAUAUUUCUGGCCUCGUGUGUUCUUUAUUCAUUUUCUUUUUCAUUUAUCAUUUCGAGAUGUAUAAAAUUAUUUUAGUAAUCAAACACAACCUAAGUCAGGAGUUCCAACUCUAUGACUUUCGGCACCAUUUUGCCCUUGGGAUUUCACCUAUCCCCAUUUUACCUAACCUAACCAACAGGGGUCAUAAGGGCUGUCAUAAAUGCAUUAUGUAGGAGUUUUUUUAAAUAAAAUAUCUAAUAAGUAAUUCAUUGGAAAUAUAAUCAUGUUUAUUUGAAAAUAGUCAUUUAUUGAAAUAAUAGCAUUUGAAAAAUAUUUUCCACUCAAUAUUCAUCAUUAUUUUACUUUUCUUAUUCUUCUUUUUUUUUCUUUUUUUUUUUUGUAAUUUCGCAUCCAACAUCUAUUUAAUCACCAGUUAUGUGCUGGUAUGUCUGUCAAAUUAUUGUAUUAUAAUCAUAUUCUCCAAAUUAACAACCAAUGAACAAUGAAAUAAAGUGUAUCACAUUAUCUUAAGGAUUUUUAUUAAAUAUAAAGAAAUUUUAUAUUUUGUAUUCAUUUCCAAUUAUUAUUAAAUAAUUAUUUAUUUUAUAUAAGAAUAUAAGCAAUACCUUAUUACAUCUUAAUAUUAUUCUUUUUUAUUAUUAUUAACAAUUUUUAAGAAUGACAAAUCUCUGAAAAAACACAAAUUGGUGCCCGUCACUUGACUAUUAACUUACAAAUGUGUCCUUAAGUGCAAAAGGGGAAUCCUGACUUAAGUUAGAUAAAUCAAUUUAACCUUUAUAGAAGACAUCUAUUGAUGAAAGUGCAAAACUAAUUAAUUACUGAAUAAAUAAUAAAAAAACUUAUUUUUCCAUUUUGCCAUACAUUAUAAUUAAAUUUUAGGGAGGAAAUGGGGUUAUAUAGCAAAAAAUAAAAUGAAUGGUUACAUUCUCCUCUGUACAUUUAAUUAACUUCAUGAAAUUGAGGUUUCACUGUACAUAUACAUAUUUGUACAAAGCUUGCAUCUUUAGUUUGAAAUUCAGUAAGUGAUAUAUCAAAUUUCAGUUGUUCCUAAAAAAACUAUAUUUGCAUAUUUGCUUCUAAUCGCAACGAUUCUGAUUUGAAAUUGCGUUAUCUGACAAUCUUAUUACAGCAAUAUUUAUAAUCAACAUUGGUUAGUUAAGAGUAUGAACAUAAUUGAAUAAAUCCAUUCAAGUUAAACCCAGCAACAGUGGACUAUCAAUAUACAGGGAAAAAUAACCUGGAAAAGUUGACCAAAAAGAUUUAAAAAAAUAAAAAGUAAGUUUAAAAAUAUUGAAGACAAAAUGUUUAAAAAAAAAAAAAGAAAAAAAAAAUUAAAACGUCCUAUACAUAUACGCUUAACUAUCUUCCCUAAAAAAUUCUCCUCGUGUUGUGGAUCAAUGUUAGGUGUUUUGCUAUAUAUGUGCAUGACAAUUGAAUGUUAAUUGAAAUCAUUAUAGAAAUUAUGUCAAUACAUGUUACAUUUUCUUUGUUUUAACCAGUCACUUUUUUUACCUAUUUACUUUUACUUCAGUUUGGAUGUCUGUACUUUAGAGACUAAUGGACCCUAUAUUAUUUAUUAUUAUUUUUAAUAUAGUUUUUUAUUUAUGAAAUAUGUCAAGUUGGCACCUUAAUCAUUUUUAUUUUUGGAAUUAAAAAAAAAAGUUCGAUAGACUUCAGGAAAAUAAUUUGCUUGUAGUACUAUAACAUAAUAAGUAGAAGCUUUAUAUAUAUAUAUAUAUAUAUAUAUAUAUAUAUAUAUAUAUAUAUAUAUAUAUAUAUAUAUAUAUAUAUAUAUAUAUAUAUAUAUAUAUUUAGUACAUAUAUAUAUAUUUAAUACAAAUAUCCAACUCACACACAUAAACUCUUUUUUUUGUCUUUUGUGGGUGUACAGGUAAAAAUGUCAACUUAUGGUGCCAGCUCAUAUGUAACAAAGCAUGUCAAUUUUCAGGGAUCCAUUCAAGCCAUUAUUUUUAUAAUACUUUUGUUGAGGCUUGCUGAUUAUAAUUGUAUUAUUUUCUAUUUUAUAAUAUCAAUGGUCAAUUGUACAAUAAAUUUACAUACUUUACUUUUUCUCGAGCCUCAUAUUCCUCCCCAAAGUACAUCAAUUGGUAGUAUAUAUAUAUUUAUUAAACUUAAUUUUGUUUGUUAAAAAAAAAAAAUAAAAAAAAAAACAAGAAGAAAAUAAUAUGAAGGGGAAGUGUUUCUAAAUAGAUCAUUUUGUUAUUAACUAAUAAGUUAUUAAAACUGUGGUUUGAUUAAUCUCCUUUUUGUUAUUUUUUACCAAUUCUGUUCUAAAAAUGUCAGAUAAUUUACUUGAUAAUAAAAUAAUUAUUUCAGUUUUUCUAAUACAUCGUCAAGUGAUAUGGAGCUUCUUGGAAGUAAAAAGGCUGACAGAGGAACUUUUUAACUAUCUUCUAAGGUAAGGUGAUCAGAUAUACCAACCACUUUUGGCGGGACAAUUCCAAUUUUUAACUAUUUGUUCCAUGUCCUGUAGCGUUUUGAAAAAGUUCAGAUUAUCCGCAAGAAUGCACGACAAGCAAGGGAAUGGGAUGAGAAUAUAUGGUUUUUGGCGGCCAUGUAGCUAUUUUGCCAGAAUAUGGGUUUUUGAUUUUGUAAUGUUAAAAGUUAAUAAGAAUGAAUAAUUGUUAAG